AUGGCUUUGUCGGAACUUUACACGAAGGUGAGCAAAUAAUGGAAGAGAAAAGUGAUACAUGUUUUUAACUUAUUCGAUCUUCAUACGGAAUCUCAAUCGCUUUGUUAUAACACCUGCUGAAAACGUUGACGGAUUUUUUUUAUGACUAACAUAUGGUGCAAAUUGUCCACCUGAAUACAGUUUGGGAAAUGAUUAUGCAAAUGAGUUUCCAACUUUCCUUAUAGGCUAUUACCAUAUUGCUGUGCUAUAACUAAUGACAUAGACCACAAUAAUAAAGUCACGUAUCUGUACAAUUUUGAAACUGUUGAUAUACCAAAAAGUAAAUAGUGGCAUUCACUCAUCUCCAUUCAUCAUUAGAAAGUAGGCUAUAAUUAAUUGGCAUGCUCAUUCAGUACAACAGAGUGUGGAUACCGGAUGCAGAGCAUGUCUGGAAGUCCGCAGAGAUCCUGAGCGACUUCAAACCUGGAGAUGAAACUUUACAACUGCAGCUUGAGGAUGGCACUGUAAGUAAUGAACACAGAGACUGUGAACCGGGGGUAACAAAAAAGAAAGAAAGAAAUUAUAAAAAUAUAUAUAAAACAGAAAAUUAUAAAAAGAAAAAAGAAAAAAUACAUUGUAAAGUGGUUAUCCCACUGGCUAUAAGGUGAAUGCACCAAUUUGUAAGUCGCUCUGGAUAAGAGCGUCUGCUAAAUGACGUAAAUGUCUGCAACCUUUUCUAGCAUGAGAAACUUUUUUUUUAAAUUACAUGUUACUAAUAACUUUCAAAUAGGAAUUCUUCUCUUCUCCUCUCCCAGGUUCUUAGUACAAGAGAAAGUAGUGCACUAUAUUUUCUGUCGAUAUACCUGGUAAAAUAAUUAUUCAUAAACAACUAAUCUGUGAUCCAGAUUUGUUUUUAACUCUCAAAAUUACAGUUGUUCAAAGAAAAACAACAAAUUGGAUGUUCUGAGUCCAUGUCAUUGCAUAAAUCACAUCUGAAGAUCUUUUUUUUUUUUUUUUUGGUCUGGAAGAAAACUAACACAUUUGGAUUUUGUGUGUGUAAUUCCCCUUUAAUUGCGCAUCUCGCGAGUGAGGAAUGUGUCAUCUAAUGCUGGGCACGACACUUCUAAGAUCUUAACAACUCGGAUGUGCUCACAUUUCCCGAUUUCCUUGUCCCAAAUCUUUCAUAACGUCCAUCCUCAACCCCAGGACGUGGGUGCUCACGUUACACGAUGAUUCCCUAGUUACACGACGAUUCCCCUGCGUUUGUCGGGGGAAAAAAUGCCGACAUUGUGUCGGCGAGAUGCGUUAUAAGUGUGCACUUUUAUGUGCAGAAACAUUUCAAAAAGAGACGGCGGCCCAGGAUAUGGACCCGCAGACGUGAACAAGAUGAACUUAUAUUGUGAAUUGGCCGUAAGAACGUUUAAUAUUGAAAAGGCAGCCGCAUUCUCUCCACAGUUUCACCUAUUUCUACAAAUGAUCUUCUUAAUAUCUGAUUUUAAACCAAACCUUAACCACGCUGCUAAUCAUUUUUUGGGUCUCACAUGCUGAGUGCUGAUUGGCUAUUGGCAGUAGUCCUUGUCCAAUCGCGUCGUAGCGCAUAUACAAGCUGCACCGCCAAAGUUGUCCGAAAGUUAUCAGGACGUCCGACAGGGGUCUGGAGAAGCGAACAGUCAUCACCAGUGCGUCAUUUUGACCCGCUCAAACUACGCGAGUCCCGACAUACUGAUCCUAGCCCAAGUUCACAGGAUUUCACCCCGAUCAUGAACAUUCGUCUGAGACGGCAAAAACGUGGCAAAUACCUAGCGAAAUCGUGUAGCGUAUGCCUGGCAUAACGAUGUGACGGUCUAGCGAUGGUUUUGUACUACUGCUCAUUUCGUGGCAAAGUUUGCAAAUAACAAAUAGUAGAUACAAAUAAUAUACAUACUCAUGAUAUACUUCUGCCAGGUAAACCUACUUUGCGGUUAACAUUUCAUUGAGAAGGUUUUGGGGAAAGUAUUUCUGUCAACUCACAAGAUGGGCAAUAUUGCUGGAAAUGAAUUGCCAGCUAUAGUGUUAGGUUAGGCUUUUUUUAAGCCAAUAGUGGCUAACCAGGAGUGGGGUAAUGUCAAAUUUGCGUUGAUUAGAUAGUAACUGGGAGAUUGCGGUGUCUGAUUUGGUUUAUGGCAGUUUGUGGUGGAACACGUGAAAAUUGCAUGUACUUUCAGAAUUGUUUGGUGAGCUUCUCAUUGGUGGGCUGCAAGCUACUGGUAGCUCGCGGUCGACCUGUUGGAGACCCCAUGCUAUGAACUACAAACCACAAUACUCUGCGCUGGACUGGAUGUGUAGUUUCAGUUUGAAUGACGACAUACGCUUGCAUACACUUGAAUGACAGCAAACACCUGCAGCAGGUAGCCUAGUGGUUAAGAGUGUUGGGCUAAUAACCGAAAGGUUGCUGGUUCGAAUCUCCGAGAUGACUAGGUGAAAAAUCUGUCGAUGUGCCCUUGAGUAAAGCACUAAACCCUAAUUGCUCCUGUAAGUCGCUCUGGGUCUGCUAAAUGACUAAAAUGUUAAAUAGUGUAUUUAUUGGGAGAAUCUUUCAUUUAUCUCUAGCUCAGUACUUUCACUCAUCAAUUUGUCAAUGGCAAGAAUAGGACAUGUAAAACAAGAAUAGGACAUGUAAAACAAGAAUAGGACAUGUAAAACAUACAGCAUACUUUUAAUGCUGAGAUGCUGUAUUGCUUCUUAGUCCAGGACUAUGCUUACUGUACUCUGUGUCCGGGAAACUGGCCAUAGAGGCUUUAGAUCACCAACAUCACACUGUUUUUCCCCUGUAGGAGACGCUUUACCCCCUGGACACAUCCAGUCCUCAGCUCCCUCACCUCCGCAACCCUGAUAUCCUGGUUGGGGAGAAUGACUUGACAGCUCUCAGCUACCUCCAUGAACCAGCCGUACUGCACAACCUCAAAGUGCGCUUCGUGGAGUCCAAGAUCAUCUACACCUACUGCGGUACUAAAGAAAAAUGCUUCCCCAGCUGUCUAAUGGGGACGUCUUUGUUUUACUGUUUAGUUUAUCUGCUGUCUUUACUGCAUGUAGAGAUGGAACAGGAAAAGUUCAUGUCUGGGUGAUGAGUUGUUGCUUUGUGUUUGUAUAAAAUGUAGGAGAUGAGAUAUUAUAUUCGGAGGGCAAUAUAUCUAUUCAAUUAUUUUCUAUUCUAUAUUAGGAGCAUACUAUGUGAAAGCAAAUAGGGUAACUCUGACUGUACUGAAUGCCCUGAUGGCUUCCUUCACUCCCUUUCAGGAAUCAUCCUGGUGGCUGUUAAUCCAUACAAGCAGCUUCACAUCUAUGGCGAUGCAGUCAUCCAUGCGUACUCUGGACAGAACAUGGGAGAUAUGGACCCUCACAUAUUCGCUGUGGCAGAGGAGGCUUACAAACUGAUGGCCAGGUAAAAAAUGAGACCCGACUGUUUCGGGGACUGGUUUAGUGGUAGUGAUGCCUUCCCCGGACCACAGUAUGCUCCUGGAGGCAUGCUCCUGGAGGCAUGCUCCUGGAGGCAUGUUCCUGGAGGCCCCCUACUAACUUCCUAUUCUAUAGCAUUUAAUUUACAAACAGUACAGGAAUGAAAUCAUCAACACGUAUUGGAUCAUAUCUUUACCAAUGCUGCAGAAAUUUGUUUGAAAGCAGUAUCCAAAUCCCAUCGGAUGUAGUGAUCACAAUAUAGUAGCCAUAUCUAGGAAAACCAAAGUUCCAAAGGCUGGGCCUAAUAUUGUGUAUAAGAGGUCAUACAAUACGUUUUGUAGUGAUUCCUAUGUUGUUGAUGUAAAGAAUAUUUGUUGGUCCGUGGUGUGUAAUGACGAGCAACCAGACGCUGCACUUGACACAUUUAUGAAAUUGCUUAUGCCAGUUACUAAUAAGCAUGCACCCAUUAAGAAAAUGACUGUAAAAAUUGUUAAAUCCCAGUGGAUUGAUGAGGAAUUGAAAAAUUGUAUGGUUGAGAGGGAUGAGGCAAAAGUAAUGGCAAAUAGGUCUGGCUGUACAACCGAUUGGCAAACAUACUGCAAAUUGAGAAAUCAUGUGACUAAACUGAAUAAAAAGAAGAAGAAACUACAAUAUGAAACAAAGAUAAAUGACAUAAAGAAUGAUAGUAAAAAGUUUUGGAGCACCUUAAAUGACAUUUUGGGCAAAAAGGCAAACUCAGCUCCAUCAUUCGUUGAAUCAGAUGGCUCAUUCAUCACAAAACCCACUGAUAUUGCCAACUACUUUUAAUGAUUUUUUAAUUGCCAAGAUUAGCAAACUUAGGCAUGACAUAACAGCAACAAAUGCUGACACUACACAUCCAAGUAUAUCUGACCAAAUGAUGAAAGACAAACAUUGUAAUUUUGAAUUCCGUAAAGUAAGUGUGGAAGAGGCGAUACAAUUAUUGUUGUCUAUCAACAAUGACAAGCCAACGGGGUCUGACAAGAUUACUGAGGAUAAUAGCGGACAAUAUUGCCACUCCUAUUUGCCAUAUCUUCAAUUUAAGCCUACUAGAAAGUGUGUAUGCCCUCAGGCCUGGAGGGAAGCAAAAGUCAUUCCCAUACCUAAGAAUAGUAAAGCCCCCUUAACUGGCUCAAAUAGCCGACCAAUCAGCCUGUUACCAACCCUUAGGAAAAAAUGAUGUUUGACCAGACAAGAGGUCUCUUCACAGUCCCCAAGUCCAGAACAGACUAUGGGAGGCGCACAGUACUACAUAGAGCCAUGACUACAUGGAACUCUAUUCCACAUCAAGUAACUCAAGCCAGAACUAAAAUUAGAUUAAAAAAAAAAAACAUUAAAAAAUACACCUUGGCAGCAACUAAUUGGGAUCCAUAAUAAAUACAAAUCUGUUUUCCCAUCGUACAUUUGAACCCUUUGGGCCGAUCUGUCCAUAUAACUUCUCCUUGAAAUGAGAUCAACUGUCAAAUGUUCAACAAAUGAGAAGCUAAGAGUGUGAAAUAUACAGGAUUCCCACUCAGAUAUUUCCUUUCUCAGGAACAAUAAGAACCAGUCUAUCAUAGUGAGUGGUGAGUCUGGAGCGGGAAAGACUGUGUCUGCUAGAUACGCCAUGAGGUACUUCGCUAUGGUCAGCAAGUCAGGCAGCAACACGCACGUGGAAGACAAAGUUCUGGCAUCCAACCCAAUAACUGAGGUAUGUUUUUUAAAUCCAUGUGUCCUAGCAGUGAAUACAUGUUACAUGUAGCAUCACGAUAUAUGUGAAUGAGUAAUCUUAUGUAAUCUGUUCCAUCUAUGGGUUUGAUCAUCUGUGAUAAAGAAAAGCCCCACAGUGUGAUAGACGUGAUCAUCUGUAAAUAAAGAAAGCCCCACAGUGUGAUAGACGUGAUAAUCUGUAAAUAAGGAAAGCCCCACAGUGUGAUAGACGUGAUAAUCUGUAAAUAAAGAAAGCCCCACAGUGUGAUAGACGUGAUAAUCUGUGAUAAAGAAAAGCCCACAGUGUGAUAGACGUGAUAAUCUGUGAUAAAGAAAAGCCCACAGUGUGAUAGACGUGAUAAUCUGUAAAUAAAGAAAGCCCCACAGUGUGAUAGACGUGAUAAUCUGUAAAUAAAGAAAGCCCCACAGUGUGAUAGACGUGAUAAUCUGUAAAUAAGGAAAGCCCCACAGUGUGAUAGACGUGAUAAUCUGUAAAUAAAGAAAGCCCCACAGUGUGAUAGACGUGAUAAUCUGUGAUAAAGAAAAGCCCACAGUGUGAUAGACGUGAUAAUCUGUGAUAAAGAAAAGCCCACAGUGUGAUAGACGUGAUAAUCUGUAAAUAAAGAAAGCCCCACAGUGUGAUAGACGUGAUAAUCUGUAAAUAAGGAAAGCCCCACAGUGUGAUAGACGUGAUAAUCUGUAAAUAAAGAAAGCCCCACAGUGUGAUAGACGUGAUAAUCUGUGAUAAAGAAAAGCCCACAGUGUGAUAGACGUGAUAAUCUGUGAUAAAGAAAAGCCCACAGUGUGAUAGACGUGAUAAUCUGUAAAUAAAGAAAGCCCCACAGUGUGAUAGACGUGAUAAUCUGUGAUAAAGAAAAGCCCACAGUGUGAUAGAUGUGAUAAUCUGACGGAUCAUGUCCAGUGUGUCACAGAGUUCCAGGCACAGAUUGGCCUCACCAGCCACCGUACUUCUGAUACGUCUUAAUCUACAAUGAGUUUUGAUUAUCAUCAACUAUGAUGGACAAACUUGUAAUCUGAGUUUUUUUUGUCAGGCUAUAGGAAAUGCCAAGACGACCAGGAACGACAACAGCAGUCGCUUUGGGAAGUACACAGAGAUCAGCUUCGACAGGAGAUAUCAGAUCAUCGGGGCCAACAUGAGGACGUAUCUCCUGGAGAAAUCUAGAGUGGUUUCCCAGGUCAUACAUCGCAUACUUUAUUCUCUGAUUAUAUGUGGUGUAUAACGUAGCAUAGCAACUGUAUAGUUGAGUCAUGUUAAACAUUUGGAAGGCUUCAGUGAAUCACUGCUAGCCCGGUUCCAGAUCUGUUUGUGUUGCCUUGCCAACUCUUUGCCAUGACAACGGCCAUAUGAGUUGGCAAGACAACACAAACAGAUCUUAAUCAUUGCAUGCCUUUAGACAGUAAUGCUAUCUCUUUCUCUUCAGUCAGAGAGUGAGAGAAACUACCACAUCUUCUACCAGAUGUGUGCCUGUGCAGACCAGCCUGAGUUCAAGAGCCUGAGACUGUGUGAGUGACUGGAGUAGGAGUGGAAUUUAUUUAACCUGUAAUCCUUCAGGUUUGUCUCAUUGAGAUAAAAAAAAAGUAUAUUAAGCAAGAGAGACCUGUUAAGCACCGGGGCUUGGCAGUUCUGCUACUGUAUUAACUGUAGAUGAUAGAUGGACGAUACGGCCUCUAGACGGACGAUACGGUCUCUAGACGGACGAUACGGCCGAUACGGCCUCUAGACGGACGAUACGGCCUCUAGAUGGACGAUACGGCCUCUAGAUGGAUGAUACGGCCUCUAGAUGGACGAUACGGCCUCUAGACGGACGAUACUGCCUCUAGACGGACGAUACGGCCUCUAGACGGACGAUACGGCCUCUAGAUGGACGAUACGGCCUCUAGACGGACGAUACGGCCUCUAGACGGACGAUACGGCCUCUAGAUGGAUGAUACGGCCUCUAGAUGGACGAUACGGCCUCUAGACGGAUGAUACGGCCUCUAGGUGGACGAUACGGCCUCUAGAUGGAAGAUACGGCCUCUAGACGGACGAUACUGCCUCUAGACGGACGAUACGGCCUCUAGACGGACGAUACGGCCUCUAGACGGACGAUACGGCCUCUAGAUGGAUGAUACGGCCUCUAGAAGGACGAUACGGCCUCUAGACGGAUGAUACGGCCUCUAGGUGGACGAUACGGCCUCUAGAUGGAAGAUACGGCCUCUAGACGGACGAUACGGCCUCUAGACGGACGAUACGGCCUCUAGACGGACGAUACGGCCUCUAGACGGACGAUACGGCCUCUAGACGGACGAUACGGCCUCUAGACGGACGAUACGGCCUCUAGAUGGACGAUACGGCCUCUAGACGGACGAUACUGCCUCUAGACGGACGAUACGGCCUCUAGACGGACGAUACGGCCUCUAGAUGGACGAUACGGCCUCUAGACGGACGAUACGGCCUCUAGAUGGAUGAUACGGCCUCUAGAUGGACGAUACGGCCUCUAGACGGAUGAUACGGCCUCUAGGUGGACGAUACGGCCUCUAGAUGGAAGAUACGGCCUCUAGAUGGACGAUACGGCCUCUAGACGGACGAUACGGCCUCUAGACGGACGAUACGGCCUCUAGGUGGACGAUACGGCCUCUAGGUGGACGAUACGGCCUCUAGGUGGACGAUACGGCCUCUAGACGGACGAUACGGCCUCUAGGUGGACGAUACGGCCUCUAGGUGGACGAUACAGGGUACAAGGUCAAGGUUUACUCAAACAAUGACAAAGAGAAUUAACAAAGAUAGAGUACAUGACACGAAGCAAAACAAUCACACACAACAUCCUACAGAACAGUCCAGGGCUAAAUAGGGGUGGUGAUGAGAUGAUGAGGUGCAGGUGCGCUGGAGGUGAUUGGGGUGCGUUGGGUUUCCGUUCCGGUGUUGCCGAGGUGGUGCGCUCAGACGACCGGUGGCUCAGUAGACCGGCGAAUCAGAGCGCCGGAGGGGAGCAACGGGAGGAGACGUGACACUCUGACUAGGCCAUGAAGAUCGUCAUCUCAAUUAUUAUUUAUUUAUUUGUAUUUUACCGUUAUUUAACAAGAUGAGUCAGUAUUUACACUGACAUCCUAAAAUAAAUGGAGCAAAUAAUGUAGGCUACUGUUUUUUUUAAUGGGUUAGUUCAAUAACAUGCUAAUUAAAGUGUGUCUGUGUGCUUGUCCCGCUCCAGUGAGGGCAGAUGAGUUCCGGUACACCAAUAUGGGUGGGGAGACUUGUAUCGAGGGCGUGGACGACAGGAAGGACAUGGAGGAGACACGCAGGACCUUUUCUCUGUUGGGUGAGAGGCGUCACUCUGUUCAUCACUCUUUAGGUCAACAUACUGCUUAGAUCAACAUGAACUGUUAUCAGACGUUUGUUUGUUUGACCAUGCAUUUGUAGAUGGCGCCUAUAUUUUAGAAGAUGUUGCUUGCAGUGAUCAUGGUCGUGGUUGUUUACUUAGUUUAGUUGAAUGCACCAUCGAGAGCAUCCUGACUGGUUGCAUCACCGCCUGGUAUGGCAACUGCUCGGCCUCCGACCGCAAGGCACUACAGAGGGUAGUGCGUACGGCCCAGUACAUCACUGGGGCCAAGCUUCCUGCCAUCCAGGACCUCUAUACCAGGCGGUGUCAGAGGAAGGCCCUAAAAAUUGUCAAAGACUCCAGCCACCCUAGUCAUAGACUGUUCUCUCUGAUACCGCACGGCAAGCGGUACCGGAGCGCCAAGUCUAGGUCCAAGAGGCUUCUAAACAGCUUCUACCCCCAAGCCAUAAGACUCCUGAACAUCUAAUCAAACCCAGACUAUUUGCAUAUGAAGUCCUUAUGUAAGUACGUCUGCAGGAUGCAGUGUUAUCCCCCUGACUGUCCUGUGUCCUCCCUGUAGGGUUAACGGAGGACUUCCAGGCUGAUGUGUUCAAGGUGCUGGCUGGGAUUCUACAUCUGGGAAAUGUAGAGAUCAGAAACGUUGGAUCGGACAAAUCAUCAGUUAGUGUAAGUGUAACAUUGGAAAUCACAACCAGGUGCGAACUCACAAGCCUUCGCACUAUAACACAACACACUCAAAAUACACUUUCAGUACCAUGGGCCCAGAAAAGCCAAGGUGUGUUCUGGGUUCGAGGGUGACAGUACUUCUAAGUCUCAGGAAAGCAGGAGCGAUGCACUAUGUAUAGUUAUAGUUUUGUCUUUACCCUCCCUCCAGUCCAGUGAUCCCCACAUGGCAGCCUUUUGCGACCUUCUCGGGGUCAGUCCUGACGGUGUUACCCGUUGGCUGUGCCACCGCCGCUUCGUCAUGGUAACAGAGACUGUGGUGAAGCCGGUAACCAGAAAGCGGGCGGUGAAUGCCAGAGAUGCCCUCGCCAAGCAGAUCUAUUCGCAUCUGUUUGACUGUGUCAUCCAUAAGAUCAACGCAGCCCUGCAGGUCCCAGGGAAACAGCACUCCUUCAUAGGAGUACUGGAUAUCUAUGGGUAAUUUGAAUACGUUACAUUACAUUUGUGUAGUUUUUGCAGACGCUCUUAUCCACAACGACAAUUAAGGUACAUUCAACUAAAGUGAGCUAAAACGAUAUAAUAUCACGAUAAUUUAAAACCUUCUUCAAAAAUACAUUGGUGUCAGUUAUAUUAACUGUAGGUUAGUUGUAUUGUAUAGUGUAUAAAUCAUAAUCUGUUCUUUUCACCCCAUUUUGGCAACUUUUUCCUAUUUUUCUUCAGCUUUGAAACAUUUGACAUCAACAGUUUUGAACAGUUUUGCAUCAACUAUGCCAAUGAGAAACUGCAACAACAGUUCAACUUGGUAUGUACUCUCUCUAGCUACGCCCACCUGAGAUCUGGCAUUGGGUUCUGGGAUUACGGAGUCUGCAAUGUCCCCUUAUUCAAAUUGUGGUGAAAGCCAAUGCUCUUGUUUCACUGAAAGGUUGUAACAACCAACCAAAACCAUAAUUUUUCUGCUGUUUUCCUAUAUCAGCAUGUGUUUAAACUGGAGCAGGAGGAGUACAUGAAGGAGGAUAUUCCUUGGACUCUGAUAGAUUUCUAUGACAACCAGCCGGUCAUUGACCUGAUUGAAGCCAAGAUGGGCAUCCUGGACCUGCUGGAUGAAGAAUGCCUGGUGAGACCAACGAUCAAAUCAAAUCAAAUUGUAUUUGUCACAUGCGCUGAAUGCAACAGGUGUAGACGUUACAGUGAAAUGCUUACUCACAAGCCCUUAACCAACAACGCAGUUUUUAAGAAAAAUAAGUGUUAAGUAAACAAUAGAUAAGUAAAAAAAUAAAAUCAGGUAAAUAACAGUAAAUGUAUACAACAAUGAUGUGUGUUAUUUUUGUAUGACAGGACAGUGGGAAGUAUAAAAAGGGAUAAUGAACGAGGGAGCUCUGCGUUCUAUGGAAAAUAAUGAACGACGUGGAAGGUGUGUUUCAUGACGUGCUAGUGGAGUGGAACUGACCUUCCACGGAGUUGCAUUAUUUUCCAGAGAACGCGUAGAGCCCCGAGCUGAUUAUCCCUUUUUAUACCAUGGCUAUAAUUUAACACAUUUGCCUCCUAGAAAUGUGUUAAACUUUGUUAUGAUGCGUUUCUAGGGUAUCAAGUAAUUCAUGAUGCAAGGAGAUAGUUAACACUUAGAUGGGGAGUUCAUUUAAUAUUGAAUAUGGUACCAUGGUUCGCUAUACCAAUAGACAUAGCCCUGCCUCUGGCUGAACACAGAAUAAAUAUCAUCUUAUAGCACUCUGUUACACGUUUCUUCAACACAUCUGGUACCCAUCAGUGGGCAUUCCCUUCUAUGAUGUUAUUAUCCUUUUACCCCAAGUCAGUAUAUCCUGUCCAUCAAUCAUUCUAAGAUCAACAUCAGUAAUCUCCUUUGACAUAAUGGAAGACUCUGUGGCACCAAGUCACUUAUCUACUAACUCUAACCUGGUUCACACAUCAUAUCAAACAAUUUUUUAUUUUUUAUUUUUGGUCAUUUAGCAGACGCUCUUAUCCAGAGCGACUUACAGGAGCAAUUAGGGUUAAGUGCCUUGCUCAAGGGCACAUCGACAGAUUUUUCACCUAGUCGGCUCGGGGAUUAGAACCAGCAACCUUUCGAUUACUGGCACAACGCUCUUAACCACUAAGCUACCUGCCGCCCACUGAGGUAGCUAGCAAGUUUACUAGAAUAGCUACAGUAGUUGCCGUGGUAACCAAACAGACUUGCUAGUUUAGCUAACCAAACCAUCAGUCCUAGCUUGCCAUUUAUGAAAAUAGAAUUAAACAAUGCCAAAAAUGUUUUCAAUUCGACUUUUGCUUUCAAAAGCAGCUCAAACGUAGGACACGUAAGAAUUAACUAUAGCCGUUGAAUUCUACCGUGCAAAUAUACUGUGCGUUUAUAGGGAAAUAAUGCAUGCUCUAGAAUGCCCUUCAAGCCAGUCAGAAACAAGUAUUCAACAAUGCCAUGGUAUAAUGGAUGAUAUACAGUGGAGGGAGGGAUCGAGAGAGGCUUCAACACCCGUCGCCAUGGGCUACAUGUAUUCCAGAGUCAGCACACUACCACUAGCCUGACUGUGGCAUAUUGUUGUGUAUUUCUAAUACUGUAUGUUACAUUUGUAAAUCUCUCUCUCUCUCUCUCUCUCCAGUUCCCCCAGGGUACAGAUCAGAACUGGCUUCAGAAGCUGUAUAACUACUUGGCUGACAACCCUCUGUUUGAGAAGCCCAGGAUGUCUAACGAGGCCUUCAUCAUACAACACUUUGCUGACAAGGUGCAAUCACACUCGGUCACACUCAAUGGAACUUAGCAGGGUUGGACUGAAUUCCAUUUCAAUUCAGUCAUUUCAGGAAGCAAUUGGAAUGUCAGUUUACUUCCUGAAGUGACUACAUUUCAAUGGAAUUCAACCCCAUGCUCAUUUUACACCAAUCAAUUGUUUUUAUAGUUAUUUUUUCAUUCAUUUGUAAAGGAAAUAUAUUUUCUGUGUAAUACGUGAUUUUAACAUUCUGUUCACACCCGUUCACCAAUACAUACCUCAAAUCUGUUUCUUUGCUUUGAAAUCUGUCUUGUGCCAUUACAGGUAGAAUAUCAGUGCUGGGGCUUCCUGGAGAAGAACAGAGACACACUGUAUGAAGAGCUGGUAGACACCAUGAGAACCAGUAAGGUAUGGUCUGACCUUUCCUUCUCAUAGUGUUUCUUAACAUGUUAUUACAUGCUUAUUACAAUUUUUAUUAGUAUUUAUUUAACCGUUAUUUUGAAAGGGAAGAUAUAUUGAGACCUAGGUCUCUCUUCCAAAUGGGCCCGGUAUAAUACAAUAUAAAAUGCACAUUAAACAGAAAAAUAAAUAAAUAAAUAUUUAUUAUGCGUUAGAAUACAAAAUCACAGUUAUGGUAAGCACAACUAAAACAUCACAAAUCACCCAGAAAAACAGUUACAUUCAUCCACAAAUAAAUCCCCAAUCAACACUUUUUAAAUUGCCCAAAUUUUGUUCCAGCAAUCCAGCAAUACGGUGCAUUAAAACUAAAAGCAGAUUUACCCAGCUCGGUGGAGACCCUAUGAACCUCGAGGUAACAAAUCCUGUGAACGGGUUCUGCAACUCGGGUGUCUAUACAGCAAAGUUCGAUCUACCUUAACCCUUAAUUUUUUUGAAGGGAGCAUGAUUAUCCACAAUAGUAUUGAAGACCUUUGCAAAGAGGCUCAAAGCUAAAUCAGGUUCAGGGAUAGCUGAAAUACAAUCAAGGUCACUAAAAUAAAGAUCAUGUAAAAAAAAAAAGCCUGUUCACUGAAGUUUUAAAAGUUCCUCUUUGUGACACGAGGCUUAGAUGUUUGUAUUCUCACGUCUCUACCACAAACAACUGGACAACGGUCACUAAUGUCUUGGGCGAAGACACCAGUAGAAACAUAUUUCUCUGGUGUAUUCAUUAAAAUGAGAUCAAUCGGAGAUGACUUUGAAGGGUCUCUAGGGUUGGGCCGUGUAGGAUUAGUCACCGGCUGGGUUAGGUUUAGAUGAUUACACAUAUUUUUUUAGAUUGUCUGAAGCCUGCAUUUCCCAAUCAUAAUUUAGGUCACCCAGGAUAAUAUCUUCUGAUUUAGUAAAAGAAGACAACAAACGAGUUAACUCCUCGAGUGCACAGAGGUUAGCCGAGGGAGGACUGUAGACCUCUAUAACAGUUAUGGAUAAAUUUUUCCCCAGAAAAAGGCUUAAAGAUAGUAUCUAAAAAAAAAAAUAAUUGGCAAGAGAAAUGGAUUUCAAUAAAUUAUUUUUUAUAAGGGCGGCAGGUAGCUUAGUGGUUAAGAGCGUAGUGCCAGUAACUGAAAGGUCGCUGGUUCUAAUCCCCGAGCCGACUAGGUGAAAAAUCUGUCGAUGUGCCCUUGAGCAAGGCAGUUAACCCUAAUUGCUCCUGUAAGUCGCUCUGGAUAAGAGCGUCUGCUAAAAAUGACUAAAAAUAAAUAAAAAUAAAAAUAAGAACGGCCACUCCACCACAUCUACCCUGUCUGUCAGAUCUGAACACAUGAUAACCCUCAAUAUUAAUAUCAGAGUCCAGAAUGUCCCGAGAGAUCCAAAGUUUCAGUCAAUACCAGAAUGUCCGGAUUCAUCUGCAUUGGCCCAGAUCUUGAUAUAAUGUAAUCCACUGUAGGAAGUGAGCUCCUAAUGUUCAGAUGCAUCAACCCAAGACUUUAUAAAGUCACAUGGAGUCUCCAACUCAAACAAGCUACGUUCAAUAGGCGGUUGCAGGCCCUGUCUGAUGGUUUAUAUUGAUAUAGUUGGUAUGGCUAUAAGAUUGCUUAGAACUGCACCAUUUGUUCCCUAUUUGGAAUAGAGGAAGGGGAAGAAAUUGGAAUUACUUUUACAAGGUUAGCGCCACAGGGCCUGAGGCCGUAGCCAAUGUCAAUAUGAGGAACUCUGAAUAACCAGUGAUGACUUACAUGGGCUUUGGUUGCUGUAGUGCAACCGCCCAAGCCCUCUACAUGAUUUGAAAAAUGAUUGGGUAUGGAAUUCACAUUUUAGCUAAAAGCACUGGGUGGUGAGCAGACCACAGUGGGUUACUCUUUUGAGCUAACAAUAGCAAGUCUAAGAGUGGAGUUCAAAUGAAUACAUUACAACUGACAACACCCCUGGCAGUAUAGACAACAGUACGACGAUAACGCGUAGAGAGGAUGGGAGGUAUUACCUGAGCGGGGCUUGGUCUGUCUCUGGAUCAAUAUCUUAACGCAUGCCUUGAAAUAUGAAGAGGGGGUCCAGGCUCCUAGAUGGUUUGGGUGGAGUCCAUCAUCCCUGUAGAGCAUAUUUUGUUUCCAAAAGGUGUCGAAAUUGUCAAUAAAAGUUAUGCCAACAGAGUGGAAGUCGUUUCUUAGCUGCGACUCGGCACGGGACCAGAUAUAAUCGGCUGCUUUUCAGAGCCUUUCAGGGUGUUGAUCAGCUCAGUAAAAGCCUGUUUCGUUAGCUUUGAUUUACCCUUUUUUGAUGUAAUUUGAUUCCCACACGCAGUACGACAGCAGCAGCCCUUGGCUGCUGAUGUAGGACGGACGGAAGAAAUCCUUUGAUAUCCUUCACCGUAGCACAGGGUCUUUGCUCCAGGAACCAAAAUGUGCCUAUUUCAUGUGUCUUACAUGUUAUUUCAUGUCUAUUACAUGUUAUUACAUGUUAUUACAUGUUAUUACAUGCCUAUUACAUGCCUAUUACAUGCCUAUUACAUGUCUAUUACAUGUUAUUACAUGCCUAUUUCAUGUCUAUUACAUGUUAUUACAUGCCUAUUACAUGUCUAUUACAUGUUGUUACAUGCCUAUUACAUGUUUAAUUUGUGCUUAUUAUGCUCUUAUUACAUGUUAUUACAUGUAUACUUAAAAUAAAGUUACACUCUCUACAUACUAGUCUUAUUACAUGUUUUAAACAUACCUUGUUUGACCAAUACUGGACUGUUACGUAUGACUCAUUCUAUUCCCUAACACGAUCAGUUUCCUCUCCUGGCCAACUUCUUCCUGGAGGAGGAGCCAGGCGGUGUGGGCAGUAAAGGCAUUAAAGUGAGGCCCGCCCGGCCUGGGGUGAAACCAGCCAAUAAGAAUCACAGGACCACCGUGGGAGAGAAGGUAGGUGACCAACCAUGUUUACAUCGCUUAGAAAACCGGAAUUACUAUACUUACCAUUAAAACAACAUUAUGUGUACGGGCUAUUUUGAAAUAGUCAAAUGAAAGUCAUUAAUACGUAAAAAUGUAUGCGCACAUGACUGUAAGUCGCUUUGGAUAAAAGCUUCUGCUAAAUGGCAUAUUAUUAUUAUUAUUAUUAUUAUUAUUAUUAUUGUUAAUUCAUCCACCUUUGCAAUGGUAUAUGUAAUAGAGCUUGUACCUUGUGUGACUGUCUGCAUCCUCUGUAUGUUUGUGACAGUUCCGCAGUUCUCUGUACCUGCUGAUGGAGACUCUGAACGCCACCACCCCUCACUACGUGCGCUGCAUCAAGCCCAACGAGGAAAAGAUACCAUUCGAGUAAGUAGGACCACACAGUACGUACUUAAUGCUCUUCGUCCCGGAUGGGACUUAAGGCCACAACAAUCUUCUGCUACUGUAGUCUGAGUUGUCAUUGUGCCCUGUCCCAUGAGGGACCAAUCUCUUCCAGCUCUGUACAGUAAUGUAUUUAUAGUUAAUAUUGCAGUACAGUGUGUGUAAAAUGGGGCUUGAAAUCUGUGGCCAGACUCCAGUACUCUGUGUCUUCAAAAGGUUCAUUCUGAAGUCUUAACUUUGUGUGUUGGGGUGUUUCUCAAUAUUGUCAUCUUGAUAACCCUGAGUGUGUCUUGGGGUGUUUCUCAAUAUUGUCAUCUUGAUAACCCUGAGUGUGUCUUGGGGUGUUUCUCAAUUAUGUCAUCUUGAUAACCCUGAGUGUGUCUUGGGGUGUUUCUCAAUUAUGUCAUCUUGAUAACCCUGAGUGUGUCUUGGGGUGUUUCUCAAUUAUGUCAUCUUGAUAACCCUGAGUGUGUCUUGGGAUGUUUCUCAAUUAUGUCAUCUUGAUAACCCUGAGUGUGUCUUGGGGUGUUUCUCAAUUUCUCAGGUAUUACUCCAAGCAGCUGAGGACCUGGAUAUUAUGAACCCUGAGUGUGUCAUUGUGUCUUGUCAGGUAUGACUCCAAGCGGGUGGUACAGCAGCUGAGGGCGUGUGGAGUCCUGGAGACCAUUCACAUCAGCGCUCAGAGCUACCCGUCCAGGUGAUGCUGACCAGCAUCCACACCUCCAUACGUAUACAACAAUAACACUGCGGUGAACUCCACUGGGCCAGUUUCCCGGAUACAGAUUAAUCAGUCACUGGACUUAAAAAGUAUUCUCUUUAGAGACUAUUUUGUUGAAAGUGCUUUUCAGUCCAGCACUUUAUCUGUUUUUCUGGUUUAACCGUCCUUACAAGCUCAACCUUGUAUUCACUUAACUGUGUUUUGAUUGUCAGGUGGACGUACAUAGAGUUCUACAGCCGAUACAGUGUACUGAUGAGCCAACAGGAGCUGCGCCUCGACGACAAGAAACAGACCUGUAGGACAGUGUUGCAGAGGCUGAUUCAGGUGAGGGCUGAACAUUAUGCAGGAGAUAUGAGUCAACCUCCCCAUUCUCUGCUUACUUUUCUAUAGCACUGUUCUGACUUGAGAUCUGUGCUCUUAACUGAGAAUAUUUGUUGCAAGUCUCCUGUUGACAUCGAUUUUUAAUGAUUUUUUUUUAGGGUAAAGUCAGUUGUGCGUGUGCUUAAAACACAACUCUGAACUGCCUCCUUGGUGAACCUGAGGAUGUUGAUGCGUAUAGCCAUCUGUUGUCACCCACUUUCCCUCCAGGACUCCAACCAGUACAAGUUUGGACGGACCAAGAUCUUCUUCCGAGCGGGUCAGGUGGCGUACCUGGAGAAGCUGCGAUUGGACCGUCUCCGAGGGGCGUGUGUGACCAUCCAGAAGCAUGUGAGGGGGUGGAGCCACAGGAGGAAGUUCCUUCGUAUGAGGGACGCGGCCAUCGUCCUCCAACAGUACGUCCGCGGACAGAGACAGAUACGGUGAGUGUCGUGAAUUCACAACCACUGGAGAGGGCAGUAGAGAGAGAGAGAGAGAGAGAGAGGGCAGUAGAGGGAGAGAGAGAGAGAGGGCAGUAGAGGGAGAGAGAGAGAGAGAGAAGAGAGAGAGAGAGAUAGAGAGAGAGAGGGGCAGUAGAGAUAUAGAGAGAGUCGAGCGAGGUAGAGAUAUGAGAGAGUCUAUAGCAGAUGCCAGCUAUAUCUAUUCUGCUAUAGAGAGCUCUCUCGAGCUCUCUACUAGCGCCAUCCCUCGUCUCUCUCUCUCUCUUCCUCGUCUCUAUCUCCUCUCUCCUCUCUUCUCUCUCGCCUCUCUCGCUCUCUCCUCUACUCCUCCUCUCAGCUCCUUCGUCUCAGCUCAAAUUUUGAGAUCAGUAUUAGAAUGAUCUUUGUCUCUCUAGUAAAUCAGUGACGGCUGCAGCGUUGAAGCAAGGCUGGGCUGCUGUGGUCAUUCAGAGGUACUGGAGAGGUUAUCUGACCAGACAGAUCUACAGGAUGGUCCGUUCCUCCUCUAUCACCAUCCAAGCCUUCACUAGAGGCUGGAUCGCCAGGAAACGCUACAAAAAGGUAUUGCGCUGUGCCCUACCUGAAAAGAUUUGAUUUGGCUGUAGCUAUCAACACAUUGAUGAACUACCGACCGAGACAGCAUGGGAAUCUCACUAGAUGUCAGUACUCAGUGUGCACGUCUGUUUAUGAAAUGUGUGUGUGUGUGUGUGUAAACUCUCUCAGAUGGUGGAAGUGCAGAAAGCCCUAAUCUUACAGAAGUAUGCCCGGGCAUGGCUGGCGAGGAGACGCUUCCAGACCCUGCGGCGCCUCGUACACAACGUGCAGCUGUCCUACAGGUGCCAGCAACUCAGGAAGAAGCUGGAGGAUCAGGUUAGAAAGUCCCCAAAAACAACAGUACAACACUGACCUCUGACCUGUCUUUGGAAGCGGUAUGGGUUAUUGAGAUGGAGUCUCUUUUGGAAGCGGUAUGGGUUAUUGAGAUGGAGUCUCUUUUGGAAGCGGUAUGGGUUAUUGAGAUGGAGUCUCUUUUGGAAGCGGUAUGGGUUAUUGAGAUGGAGUCUCUUUUGGAUGCGGUGGGGUUAUUGAGAUAGGGUCUCUUUUGGAUGCGGUGGGGUUAUUGAGAUGGAGUCUCUUUUGGAAGCGGUAUGGGUUAUUGAGAUGAGGUCUCUUUUGGAAGCGGUAUGGGUUAUUGAGAUGGAGUCUCUUUUGGAAGCGGUAUGGGUUAUUGAGAUGGAGUCUCUUUUGGAUGCGGUGGGGUUAUUGAGAUGGAGUCUUGAUCUUGUGUUGGUGUAACAAAGAACGUGUACCGUAAUCUCACUAAAGAGCUAGCUUGAACUGUCACAGAUGGAGCCAUCCAACUGGUACAUUUUGGAAUAGUUCAAUCGGUUUGCACGUUGUCAAGUGGGCGGUCACGUGUGUUUGGCGAGGUAGAGGACCCUGGUUCAAGCCCAGACAGAGGCAUGUUCAGGGAGGCAGCGCUAAAUGCUAAGCUAACACACUGAUUCCGGUUAUACUGGCCUUGAGACCAGAAUCUUGUUCUGGUCUCGAUACAAUGGGUCUGUCUGAGUCUGGGACCAAUUUCCUGGUCUGGGUCUUGGUCUCAGCUCAUGAUCUCAGACUAGACCAUAAUCUUUGUAGUCACUCAACUCGUGUGGUCAAGAAACACACAGUUUAUUUGUUGAUGCACUGUGUGUCCUUCCAGGGCAAAGAGAACCGCGGGCUGCUGGAGAGGCUGACAAGUCUGGCCGGUUCUCACGCCCAAGGUCUAGACAAGCUGCACAGUCUGGAGGCCCAGCUGGGGAAAUCGGCCACUGAGAAGGCUUCGCUAGAGGAGCGAGAGAAGAAGAGCAAGGAGGACGCCACCAAGACGAUCGCCCAGCUUCAACAGGAAAAAGACCGGUUCAUUGUGGAAAAGCAGGACUUAGAAAAGAAGCUUGCAGAUUCAGCAUCAGAGAUGAAAGGUAAGAGAGAGGAAAUGAUGGCUGGGAUGGUUCUGUUCUCUUUUUUUUAAAGGUGGUCUGUAGUCUCUCCCGAGUGGCGCAGUGGUCUAAGGCGCUGCAUCCUGGGUAGGGGAGGUAUUGGCCGGCAGGGAUGUAGCUCAGUUGGUAGAGCAUGGCGUUUGCAACGCCAGGGUUGUGGAUUCGUUUCCUACGGCGGGCCAGUAUGAAAAAAAAAAAUUAUAUAUAUAUAUAUAUAUAUAUAAUGUAUGCACUCACUAACUGUAAGUCGCUCUGGAUAAGAGCGUCUGCUAAAUGACUAAAAUGUCAAAUGUAGUUCAGGAUUGCACUGGCAUAUAUGAUCCUGGUCCACCGAGCUGGAUGAGACUGCUGCUAUGGAUUAGGAUUGGGUGAUAUUUCGAUAGUAUCGGAUAUCGAAGAUAAUUAACAGCCAUCGUCGAUGGUGACGACAUCGUGAUGUGACAGACGAUGUAUAGCCUAUUUCAACUUGACUGGCACCGCGCAGUAAAGAGCUUCAAUAAAUAUGUUAUAAAGAAUUUACUGAAUGCAAGAGCAGCGCAAAAUGUAAGAAAAUGUUUGUUUGGAUGAUCUUGGCCGUAUAACGGACACUAAUUAUUUUAAAAGCCUAAUUUUGUAUUUCUUUCUCUCCCUUUUGAUAUGACUUGAGUUUUUCUGCCUGCUGGCUUUCUCCUGCCACGCUACUUCAUGAUCAAACAACACAUUUAUCAGACAGUUUUAAAGUUGUUUUGAAUAACCCGGGACACAAUAGGCCGACGGUGAUAAUGAGGUAGAACAACCAAUAGGGCGACGGCGAUAAUGAGGUAGAACAACCAAUAGGCCGACGGCGGUAAUGAGGUAGAACAACCAAUAGGCCGACGGCGAUAAUGAGGUAGAACAACCAAUAGCAAGAUAGAACAAGUGAACUAGCAGUUUGAACAAACCUUACAGUUGAGCAAAGCUUAGUCUAUUAUAAAAGAUGCAUGCAUCCCUCCUCCUUGCCGUUGUGAACCAAAAGGCUAAAAGCCAAAUCCUACUAAUUUAAAAUAGCCUAUCAAAAGCAUUAAGACAAGCUAAAGUUAUGAAGAGUAUUUCCCAAAUAGGCUAUUCUAAUAAAGUGUUUGAUGUCCUAAAGUUGCAGCUUUCAAAUGGGAACAAUUGUGAAAGUCACAGUCUAUAGGCGAUUUCUCUAUCGCAGCUUUUAUUUUGAAUGACAAAUAUUACAGGCAACAAGAAGUGAAAUUGAGCAAACAAUAACAAGAUGGAAAAAUCGAAUGAGAAGUAAAAAGAAAGCGUCAAAGAAACGAUGUGUAGAGUAGGCCUAUUUCCAUAGCCUAUUAUUAGAAAUGUAGGCUACAACCUACCUAUAACUAUAGAAGCCUUGACCUCCAAAAUUUGAAUAAUUAUCCAGUUCUGGGGACAGCAGAGUUGUGUGCUCUGCAGCCGGGGCCUUGAUGAUUUACAACCCCGUCACACGACGCACAGCCAGGGAGGCUUCUUGACUGUCACUGCAUCGUCACACACACACACACACACACACACACACACACACACACACACACACACACACACACACACACACACACACACACACACACACACCUCUUUCGUGCCACAGCUCCAACAGAGAGGAAUGGGUUGUUCUGAUGCCUUUCGUCCCUCCUGUAGCAUGCGAGCUCGCGCUGUCCUUUUUUAGCAGUCUUUUUGUUUUUUAUUUCUUGCCAAUAGUGGGGGCGAUACCAUCUUUAUAGCACGAUGUCUUAUGGGUACUUAAUCGCGAUUGGACAGAGGUUGACAUCGCCCAACCCUACAAGUAUGGAUCCAGAAGACCGACCAUCCAGUUAUACAGUCAUUUAUACUGUGAUUCACUUCUUUCAUUUCCAGACCGCUUUGAUCAAAUCAAGACAACUCUGAAAGAAGAUCUGGAACGGGAAGAAAGAUUGAGAAAGUAAGAGUUGCUUCAUCAUGUACAUAUACCUGUACACAGCCAUUCUGAAAUUAGCCCACCCAACUACCUCAUCCCCAUAUUGUUAUUUAUUUUGCUAAUUUGCACCCCAGUAUCUCUAUUUGCACAUCAACUUUUGCACAUCUAUCAUUCCAGUGUUAAUACGAAAUUGUAACUAUUUUGCACUAUGGCCUAUUUAUUGCCUUACCUCCAUAACUUACUACAUUCUCACACACUGUAUAUAUAUUUUCUGUUGUAUUUUUGACUUUAUGUUUUGUUUUACCCCAUAUGUAACUAUGUGUUGUUGUUUUUAUCGCACUGAUUUGCUUUAUCUUGGCCAGGUCGCAGUUGUAAAUGAGAACUUGUUCUCAACUGGCUUACCUGGUUAAAUAAAGGUGUAUUUUUUAUUUUUUUUUAUAGUAAUACUUCUGAGCUGAGCUAAACCAAGCCAAGCUGUACUGGGCUGGCCUGGUUACUCAUCCACCAUAGUAGCAGGAACAGUUCUGGACAGAACAAUGUGAAGGGAGUAUCUGAGCCAGUCCAGUAUGGUUCAGGUCCAGUCCAGUAUGGUCCAGUCCAGUGUGGUUCAGGUCCAGUACAGUGUGGUUCAGGUCCAGUAUGGUUCAGGUCCAGUCCAGUGUGGUUCAGGUCCGGUCCAGUCCAGUAGGGUUCAGGUCCAGUCCAGUAUGGUUCAGGUCCAGUACAGUGUGGUUCCGGUCCAGUCCAGUAGGGUUCCGGUCCAGUCCAGUAUGGUUCAGGUCCAGUACAGUGUGGUUCAGGUCCAGUCCAGUGUGGUUCAGGUCCAGUACAGUGUGGUUCAGGUCCAGUACAGUGUGGUUCAGGUCCAGUCCAGUAUGGUUCAGGUCCAGUCCAGUGUGGUUCAGGUCCGGUCCAGUGUGGUUCAGGUCAGGUCCAGUGUGGUUCAGGUCCAGUCCAGUGUGGUUCAGGUCCAGUCCAGUGUGGUUCAGGUCCAGUCCAGUAUGGUUCAGGUCCAGUCCAGUAUGGUUCAGGUCCAGUCCAGUAUGGUUCAGGUCCAGUCCAGUGUGGUUCAGGUCCAGUAGGGUUCAGGUCCAGUCCAGUGUGGUUCAGGUCCAGUACAGUAGGGUUCAGGUCCAGUCCAGUAGGGUUCAGGUCCAGUCCAGUAGGGUUCAGGUCCAGUACAGUGUGGUUCCGGUCCAGUCCAGUGUGGUUCAGGUCCAGUCCAGUAGGGUUCAGGUCCAGUACAGUGUGGUUCAGGUCCAGUCCAGUGUGGUUCAGGUCCAGUCCAGUGUGGUUCAGGUCCAGUCCAGUGUGGUUCAGGUCAGUAUGGUUCAGGUCCAGUAGAGUAUGGUUCAGGUCCAGUCCAGUAUGGUUCAGGUCCAGUCCAGUAUGGUUCAGGUCCAGUCCAGUGUGGUUCAGGUCCAGUCCAGUAGGGUUCAGGUCCGGUCCAGUCCAGUAUGGUUCAGGUCCAGUCCAGUAUGGUUCAGGUCGGAACAAUAUUGUGAAAAGGACAUGAGAUUGAUCUAGUUUAGUUCCUCAGGAUUGCAGAGAACAACCUUGAGCUGCAGAAGGAGGACCAUGAGAAGGAGGUGGAGGUUCUGAGGGAGGAGAACAGGAGGCUGAAGGAGGAGAGAGUCCGCCUGCAGAGACAGUUAGAGGAGGAGGCGCAGGUCAACACUGAACUACAGGACCAGGUCAUACAGCUCACCAAGCACGUCAAGGUGAGGGUUCAUAGGUCAUACAGCUCACCAAGCACGUCAAGGUGAGGGUUCAUAGGUCAUACAGCUCACCAAGCACGUCAAGGUGAGGGUUCAUAGGUCAUACAGCUCACCAAGCACGUCAAGGUGAGGGUUCAUAGGUCAUACAGCUCACCAAGCACGUCAAGGUGAGGGUUCAUAGGUCAUACAGCUCACCAAGCACGUCAAGGUGAGGGUUCAUAGGUCAUACAGCUCACCAAGCACGUCAAGGUGAGGGUUCAUAGGUCAUACAGCUCACCAAGCACGUCAAGGUGAGGGUUCAUAGGUCAUACAGCUCACCAAGCACGUCAAGGUGAGGGUUCAUAGGUCAUACAGCUCACCAAGCACGUCAAGGUGAGGGUUCAUAGGUCAUACAGCUCACCAAGCACGUCAAGGUGAGGGUUCAUAGGUCAUACAGCUCACCAAGCACGUCAAGGUGAGGGUUCAUAGGUCAUACAACUCACCAAGCACGUCAAGGUGAGGGUUCAUAGGUCAUACAGCUCACCAAGCACGUCAAGGUGAGGGUUCAUAGGUCAUACAGCUCACCAAGCACGUCAAGGUGAGGGUUCAAAGGUCAUACAGCUCAUCAAGCACGUCAAGGUGAGGGUUCAUGGGUGAAGGAUAACUUGACUGAUGGAUUAAUGGAUUGAUUGGUUGGUUGGUUGGUUAGUUCAUUGAUUGAUUAUCCUCUUCCAAGGUUAUACCUGAGUUACGGAAGGAUCUUCAUAACCUCCAAACCCAGAGAGAUGAUCUGGACCGGAGAAUGAAGGAGCAGUCAGAACAAGCCAAAGGUACAGUAGGUCUGCUGUCCGGUUAAUUUACACUACUGUACCCCGCCAAGCCAAGCCGAACUGUACUGGCCUGGUUACCCAGCCACCAUAGUUGCUGGAUCAGUGGAAAGGACAAAGGACAAUGUGAAAAUAAAAUAUAAGAGCCAGUACAGUAUGGUUCAGGUCCAGUAUGCUUCAGGUCCAGUGUGCUUCAGGUCCAGUGUGCUUCAGGUCCAGUGUGCUUCAGGUCAGGUCCAGUGUGGUUCAGGUCAGGUCCAGUACGGUUCAGGUCCAGUACAGUAUUUUUCAGGUCCAGUAUGGGUCAGGUCCAGUACAGUGUGGUUCAGGUCCAGUGUGGUUCAGGUCAGGUCCGGUCCAGUGUGGUUCAGGUCAGGUACAGUAUGGUUCAGGUCCAGUACAGUGUGGUCCAGUAUGGUUCAGGUCCAGUACAGUGUGGUCCAGUCCAGUGUGGUUCAGGUCAGGUCCAGUAUGGUUCAGGUCAGGUCCGGUCCAGUGUGGUUCAGGUCAGGUACAGUAUGGUUCAUGUCAGGUCCAGUAUGGUUCAUGUCAGGUCCAGUGUGGUCCAGUAUGGUUCAGGUCCAGUACAGUGUGGUCCAGUCCAGUGUGGUUCAGGUCAGGUCCAGUAUGGUUCAGGUCAGGUCCGGUCCAGUGUGGUUCAGGUCAGGUACAGUAUGGUUCAUGUCAGGUCCAGUGUGGUCCAGUAUGGUUCAGGUCCAGUACAGUGUGGUCCAGUCCAGUGUGGUUCAGGUCAGGUCCAGUAUGGUUCAGGUCCAGUACAGUGUGGUCCAGUCCAGUGUGGUUCAGGUCAGGUCCAGUGUGGUUCAGGUCCAGUACAGUGUGGUUCAGGUCCAGUACAGUGUGGUCCAGUCCAGUGUGGUUCAGGUCCAGUCCAGUGUGGUUCAGUUCAGGUCCAGUGUGGUUCAGGUCAGGUUCAGUAUGGUUCAGGUCAGGUUCAGUAUGGUUCAGGUCCGGUCCAGUGUGGUUCAGGUCAGGUACAGUAUGGUUCAUGUCAGGUCCAGUGUGGUCCAGUAUGGUUCAGGUCCAGUACAAUGUGGUCCAGUCCAGUCUGGUUCAGGUCCAGUCCAGUGUGGUUCAGGUCCAGUCCAGUAUGGUUCAGGCCAGUCCAGUGUGGGUCAGGUUCAGUAUGGUUCAGGUCCAGUCCAGUGUGGUUCAGGUCCAGUCCAGUAUGGUUCAGGUCCAGUCCAGUAUGGUUCAGGUCAGGUCCAGUAUGGUUCAGGUCCAGUACAGUGUGGUUCAGGUCAGGUCCAGUAUUGUUCAGGUCCAGUACAGUAUGGUUCAGGUCCAGUCCAGUAUGGUUCAGGUCAGGUCCAGUAUGGUUCAGGUCCAGUCCAGUGUGGUUCAGGUCAGGUCCAGUAUGGUUCAGGUCCAGUCCAGUGUGGUUCAGGUCAGGUCCAGUAUUGUUCAGGUCCAGUACAGUGUGGUUCAGGUCUGCACGAUAGUGUGAAAAGGAUGAAGGGCUAUCCAGAGGAUUUUGUUGUCAGGCCAUGAUCGUUGUGACUGAUCGUUGUGACUCUUUUCCUAUAGCUAAGAUGAGUGUGAUUACAAGACAGCUUCUUGGUGGCAUGGUGGAAGAGGAGGUCAUUUCCAGGUAGUGUAAUUUCUAUACAUAUGUAGCUAUAUAAUUCUAUACAAAUUUGGGACAAGAUAGGUUAAAUACAGUUUACACAUGUUUUUGUUAAAAGGUUGACCUCCGACGGGCCAGACCAGAUAUAUGAAGUUGGGGAUCUGUUGACUGCUUUCGACGGGCUGCAGAAAGCUACCAGGUCUGAGAUGUUUGCAUUUUCAUCCACUCUGGAUCUCUACAUUUAACCUGAUCCCAGAUCUGUUUGUGCUGUCUUGACAACUCCUACUGUAUGGUCACUGUCAUGAGCUCAGAUGGUAACAGCGUGGUGCUAGCAAUCCCAAGGUUGUGGGUUCAAUUCCCCACAGGGAUCACAUGUACUAAAAACGUAUGCACUCACUGCACUGGAGGUCUCUGUGGGUAAAAGCAUCCUGCUAUGUGACAUAACACUAGUACCGUUAUUGUAAGGAUCCACGUGGCUGUUCCGCCCCAAUGUGAGGAAUAAACCUUUAUUCACUCUGGCCACGAUUGUUAGAAAAUAUAAAUCUCUAUUCACACUGUGAUCCAUUUGAAAUCCAUGGCUAGUGAAUAAGGUCUGUUGUUCCCUGUGUGUGCCGGCAGAGUUCUGGAGAACCACCAGAGGGAACAGAAGGAAGGUUAUGACAGCCAAGUGGAGGGGCUGGCGUUCAAGGUGGAACACCUGCAGAAAGAAAACAAUCAGCUGCAGAAACUGUUCCGGGAGAAAACGUCCGUCAACGACGCCAUUGGUCAGGAGGUGGCCAGGCUCAACCAGGAAAACAUGGUCAUACCUGAGCUCAGGCAGCAGGUGUCAGAGCUACAAAGACAUAAACAGGAAGUGGAAGUCCAACUGGAGGAGCAGUCCAGAGAGAUGACCGGUAGACACAGUACACCACACCAUCACUUAGGCCUAUAGGUUUGGGUGGGGUCAGUUCCAUUUGUUAUCCCGGUCAACUCAGGAAGUAAUUCCAAUCAUUUAUCUCCUUUUUUUUUUCUUUUUUUUUUUGUAUUAGAAAAAAUUGAGGAGAUUUCAAAAAAGCUUCAGAUGAAUGUUGAAGAGGAAGGCUCCCAACGCAGGUACGGUGGUAUAUACUCAAGCCCUGAAAUCAUAUAACAAUAUGCCAUCGUCUGCAGAUCAAUCAAUCAGUCACAUUUUAUUUAUUUAUAAAGCCCCUUUUACAGUGCAUACAUUUACAGUAUGUGUGUAUAUAUAUGAUCUGAUCCCAACGGGAAUUUAACCCACAACCACUAUCUCGACAUGCUAGCACUACACUCUUACCAACUGAAGCACACAAUCAAGCCCUCAUUACUAUUCUGAUCUAAACACCUGCCACCUAACCUCUGUUUGUGUUCAGGCUGUUGAAACAGCAUGAGGAGGUGGAGAGGGAGAAGGAGGAGGUGGAGAGGAGGGUGGAGGAGCUGGAGGAGGUGAUCAGGAGACAGAAGAACACAGAGAGCGAGGCCAAGACCAGAUUCAGUCAGGAGGCAUCACGACUCACUGCAGAGAACAUGGUGUGUGUGGGGUGGGGUGGGGUGGGGUGGGGAGGGGGAAUGUGUGUGUAAUUCACUUCUUAUGAUAUUUCAAUCUUAUUCCAGGACUUUGAAGAACAGCUCGACAUGAAGGAUAGAUUGAUAAGGAAGCUACAAAAUCAAAUCAAGAGUCUUCAAACAUCCGAGAAAGGUAACAUGAUUAUGCACUGACAAAGUAAACUUCUGGUGACAUUCUAUCACAUUUGAUAUUCAGCACAUUUCCUGUUUUUUUUGGUUUCUUCAUCAGCCAAUCAAACGCCAGCGCCCACUAUUCCCAAAGAAUACCUUGGAAUGUUGGAGUACAAGAGGGAGGAUGAACCCAAACUCAUUCAAUACAUCAUUCUGGGUACUGAACACUUCACCGUCGUUGUUGACACUGUUUUUAUAGUGUCACUUGACCACACAGGUCUACAUGGCCUGA